UUUUUCUCUCUGAAAGGUGUAGGGCAUAGAAUACGGGUUUCUCUUGACCUUGAGAAACACGAUUUAUGGCCCUGUCGCGUUGAGGACGAAACGGUUCUCAGGGAAGUCGUCGACACAAUCACCCACAUGUUAUCCCGGUGGCAUUCGUCUCCGGGACUGUCAGCACUUUCGAGUGUGGCUUCAGUCUUUCACUGUAACUAUGCGACUAACAGCGACACAAAAAGACCCUUCCCCGUCAUUGGGAAUGGGAUAAAGGAAGACUCUCACCUUAAGGAUGUCCUAAAAUUUCGUGGUGUUGGUAUCGUUGGGGAGAAGAUCCUUAAAGCCUUGGAGUUUCUCUGCGAAAGUGGAGGUGGGAAGAGAGCAAUUGAGAGGCAUACUGUCUUGAAUAAGAAGUUGUUGGUGAGAGAUAGAUUGAAGCAAAUCAUGGAUGAGGACUCCCCCUUCCUGGAAAUGUCAAAGACUGCAGGAUUAGGGAUGGAUUAUGGGAACAUUCCUGGGUCAGGAACUGUCACUGGUAUUGGUUGGGUGAAUGGUGUAGCCUGCAUGAUGCUGGCUAAUGAUGCAACUGUGAAGGGAGGCACUUUCUUCCCAAUCACUGUGACAAAGUCCCUUAGAGCUCAAGAAGUUUCUGAGUCUCUUCAUAUUCCAAUGAUAUAUUUAGUAGAUAGUGGAGGUGCAUUCCUCCCACUGCAGGUAAGAAUAAGUCCCACAGCCAAUCCUAGGGCUGAUCUAUUCCCUGACAAGAAGCAUGGUGGACGCACCUUUCAUAACCAAGCAAUAGCCAGCAGCAAAGGCAUUCCACAAAUAGCAAUAGUUUGUGGAAGUUGCACUGCUGGAGGUGCCUAUACUCCCACAAUGUCAGAUGAAGCCAUCAUUGUUGAUCGCAUUGGAACUCUCUUCCUUGGGGGGCCACCUCUUGUGAAGGCAGCCACAGGGGAAAUUGUCUCUGAGGAGGAGCUGGGUGGUGCCUCAAUGCAUUGCAGUGUGAGUGGGUGCUUGGACUAUUUUUCUGGCAAUGAAGAAGAAGCACUCUCUUCAUGCCGAGACAUUGUAGCAUCUCUGAAUAUACCUUCAGAGGAGAUACCCAAAGAUAUAUCAGUCCAACUGCCUCUCUUCCCAUCUAGUGAUCUCACUGGUAUCUAUGUUUUCAUCACAGCCCUCAGUGGAGUGGAAGAGAGAGAUAGGAGCACAACCUUGGAAAUAAUAGCUCGAAUUGUGGAUGGGAGCAGGUUUCAUGAGUUCAAGCCUUUAUUUGGUGCCAACCUUGUUACUGGCUUUGCUUUUCUUGAUGGCCUCCAACUACACACUGAUGAGCUCUUUGAUUCCAGGCAGUUGAUUGGGAUCCUUGGGCAUCACGGAGCUCUAACAUCCGCUGAUUCCCUCAAGGGCUGUCACUUCCUAUUCCUCUGUGAUUUGCGUGGCAUUCCUGUCAUUUUUCUCCACAAUUCCCCUCUCGAUCGACAGACAUUGGCUGACUCACAUCCUGAGGAUCUUGGAAUUGCACUAAAGGAUAGGGCCAAGAUGGCUGCAACUGUCUCGAAUAUGCAAGUUCCUAAGAUAGCUGUCACUGUUGGAGCUUGCCUUGAGGAUGACUGCUAUACCAUGUGUGGGCCAGGAUUUCAACCAUGGUUAAACUUUGCGUGGCCCCUGGCCUGCUUGUCCAUGAAGCAAGAUACAGAGGACUUCAAGAGAUGGAAAUCAGAAAUGAAAGAUUUCAAUGUAGAAGCUGGAAAUUUGGAUUUUGACUUUCCAGUUGGGUCUGCAUUUCAUGCUUCAUCCCACACCUUGAUUGAUGGUGUAAUUCUUCCCGAGCACACACGGAAAGUGAGUGUUGUCUUUGAGCUUGAGUGUAAUCAGACAGGGCCAGGAAACUAUCAGGAGGAAGCAGGUCACAAGAAGUGCUGUUUUGAG